AUGCGUAAAGAUGGUCAAGGUGAUGGCAAUGCCAUCGUCCGGUAUGAACAUCUAGUCAUCCGAGACUUGGUUCUGCUGCCGUUGCCGCUCACCAAGGCAGAGGGUGCGAAGUGUGACGGUCGCAUCGUGGAUCAUGUCGUGCUCAAAUACAAUCCGGUGACGACUUAUGAGAAGGGAUGUUCGUUGGCAACCGACGAGAUAGAUAUCGCUGCAACGCCAAUUGAAAUUCCAACUUCAGCCCAUAGAAAGUUGCAUGGAUACUGGAAUGCUAGGGUCGAAGAAGCGCUCGACUCGCACUUCUCUGGUCUUUGUUGUUUCGAGGUUCGAGAACUGGCUACCUUGGCUCCGUCGCAUCUGCGCAGAGGCAUCGCCAACAAACUUCUCGCCUGGAUCUUUCUUGUGAGCAGACGAAUAGAUGUGUCUGUUGUGCUGGCGGCUACUCCGCUGGGAUAUCCCUUUUACCUCCAACUUGGUUUCUGCUAA